CCUCAUCAUGUCCAUGUCGUUCGGUUUCGUGGUUCUUGGUUGCAUCCAUCGGUCUCCGUUUUCGAUCGGAAUCGAUUAUUCAUUGUAGCUUUCACCAUCAGACAUUAGUGCUAUAGCUAUCGCCAGCUGCGCCAUCGCCAGCAUAUUGUGUCGUUUUCUCUCGCGCCUCGUCUACUCUCACUUCCCUCGAUUCCUCUUCCUUGACAAAUAUCCUCACUUGUUGCGCCAGUUGGAACUACAUUGAAAGACUCCGUCAUUUAUUGCUUCCAACCUAGCCAAAAUUAAGAAAGUUAAAGUCUUUACUCCACAGCCGCAGCCAUGCCCACCUGAAGUUGAACCCAGGUGGUUGAACCACAGUCGUAUCCGUAAAAUUCUGCAUCCCAUGCCCACCUGAAGUUGAACCCAACACAAAAUCAAAAUGACGCUAUCAUCUUCGCUUCACCAUGACCAUUUCUAUGACCACCUCUUGUGUUUGAGGACAAGUGGACGAAAGGGUCAUGACGGAGACCCUGGACGGCAAAUAACGUCGUUUUUCGCCAUGCCUCCAAUGCAGGCUUUUGGGCCGAUCCCUACAGUCCCGUCUGGCACAGGGCUCUCUGACGCCACGACUAUGCUAAAAGCAUCAUCUUCUCUGGCUGGCGUUCCUCCAGGUACCAUUCCAACCAACCUUGACGCCUCUACUUCUGCAACUACUAUGUUGCAAAAUGUCAAGCCAGCGGAUGUAGGCAAGAAAUUACUUUCGCAGAAGGAUGGAGCAGCUUCCUUGAUGCGUGACUUGGUUGAGAAGAAAGCAGAGGGGGAAAGUUUCACGGAUCAAUUGAAGGAUCGGCUGAAGAGUGGUUUAGGUUUAGUUAAGGCAACCAAGAGAGCAUCCUCAGCAUCGUCCUUGUCCCCUCCUUCAAGGGAAGAGAGGGCUCAGGGAUGACCUCAGGGAUGCGACCCGGUGGCCCUAACUUAGACUCCGAUGACGCAGGUGGAGAUGGAGCUUCCGAUGAGAAUCCGCCAAGUGUGCGGUCUAAUUUGGCACAUUGGCUGCAGUUGAAAUCCUGUGGGUAUGGGGGUUGGAUUUGGGAAGAGGGAGCUCAUCCAGAAAUCACUUUCGCGAAACCACAGAGCUUUGUGCAUGUGCGCUUGGUGGAUGAUAAUCCGGUCAAUCGGGAGAAAGCGAGACUUUUAUGAGGGAAGGAAAACAUCAAUUUGAAUUUUUUACAUUUUGUAUGACAAGUUCAAGAUUAUGUUUGCAAAAGUUGUUUAUGAUCAUCAUCAACUUCUUACCUCCUAAGGAAGAUGAUUUUGAUAGCUUGUGCGAAGUUCUGUUCUCCUUCUCUCCGCGACCUCCAGCCAGCCAUUCCCUCUUUCAUCCCUCGCUCCCAGCACCUCCAGCGAUCCGCAGACCUUCGAUCCUCUGAAGGAUGCUCUGAAUUCGCUUCGCGCGGGCGCUGACCAAGCUCCGAAAGUGUACCCAGAUGAUCUCAAUAAAGCCAGCAUGGUUGAUAACAAUGGAAAGAUGCCGUUGCCCACGCCGGACGAUGCAGAACUAGUCUACUGGGAUGCUACGUAUUUCUUGAAUGGUGGCAUUCGAAUUACACCCAGGAUGCAACCGGUGAAGGAGAGGGCGCCUUUCUUUUAUGAAAGAUCGCUUGUAGUUUGUUAGUGUCCAAGUCCCUCUUCACGUUGUCGUUACAAAUUGGAUAAGGCAAAUUUGUAUGCCAAUUUUUAGAGUAGGACUCUACUACGAAAUUGGCAUGCAGCCAAUUACAAUUAGAGUAGGACUAGGACUCUAUUAGGACUCUACUAUCUACUACAAUUAGAGUAGGACAACUAGGACUCUACUACGAGACUACGAGACAACUCUGCUCCUUUUCUAACCCCUUCUCGAUUGUCGUCGGCGCACCCGUUUGCGGUUGGAGGUCGAAGUCGACGCGCAAGCUGAGAUGGAUUACCUCAGAGGCUUUUUUGGUCGCAAAGGCUUGGCUCAGAUCGUCUACGACACAAUUCGACCACCGGAUCCACUUCAUCCAGAAAAAGGCGGCGUCAGGGAACCCUCACCGAAUGCUACAGAGUCGAUGUUUUCCUCUUUUGCAGCACAAGCAGCUAAGAAGGCUAAGGCAGCAAGUGCAUCGGUUGCAGAGCAGGCAAGCUCUAUGGCUAGAGGGGCUCUGUCUAAUGCAACGGGAAUGGACUUUCGUGGUGAGAGGGAAAACCUCUUAGACCAAGCCGCAGCGAAAAAGUUGGGCGGCGUGCAACACACUUUUCCGCUGUCUUUGGAUUUUCAGCACGAGCACAACCGUACCAGUGAGAAAGCUGAGGAACGAGUUGCGGCUUGUCGACGCAUAUGUCGCGCACAUCAAUGUCCGCCAGCUCAUACAGAGCCAAGAGCAGUGAACGAAGACCGCUUCAGCUUUGCUCGAGCUUCCUGUCGUGACGAAUGCGUAUCGCCGAGCUUCCUCGAACUUGUAGGUUUCGAAGCCGAACGUGCUGGCUUGAAUGGCAACUACUUGAUGGUGGACAGCGGUAGGAAAACAAUAGAUGCGCCACCGUCCUACUUCCGCGUCUUACCGGAAGAAAACAAGGAUCUAGGUGACAAACUCUCCAACAUCAUGAGUGACGCCAAAUCCAUGGGGAAGAAACUUGUCGGCUCUUUAGCCACUGAUUUCGCGGAAGAUUUGAAAGAAACGCCAGCUGGUCAAGCGGCAGAGCAUGCUUUAAAGGCAGCCGCAGCGAUGAAGACCUCAGUUCUGAAACCAGACGCUGGUGGUGCGGGUGGUUACGGUUCCAUGUUUUUGGGGAAGUUGUUCGGACAAAGCGUGGAGGAGUCGGACCACGCUAACGACCCAAAAGACGCUGUUGAAAAGGAGACGGGCGUUGGUCCGAAUGCCAAAUUCAAUAACGACGCUGGUGGGUCUGGCGAGGACAACACGGAAGAACCCCCAACCGACGAUGCAGCGCCUCGAAAGUAUGCUCUAGGCACUCUUGGACGGCAUUUGAGGCACGAUUCAGAGGCUGUAAUGGACGAGUUCCGAAAUGCGAAAAAAGUUGCCAUGAUCCUCUACGACCACGAUCAAGACCAACGAUGGGGUGUUUACGUCGCCGAACGAACCAAGGACAGCGAAAUCGUGAAGAAAGUAGCCACUUCUGCCAGCAGAGAAGACAAGCUUCCUAGUAGAGUAGCUCAGUGGCUAGAUCCGGAAACGAGUAAGCCGUUUCACACUGACGGCGGACAGGGGUACACGCCUAAGGUGUUGUUUGACUACUGUCGACCUGACGGUUUGGUCCGUCCAAGUGCACAAGUGCGAUGGGCUAGUAAGCGUGUGAUUUUCUACGAGUCUCCGAAACCAAAAUACCCCAAUGAUGUGUCAGACGUGGAGGAAACGCAAUUCUUCAACCGAAUGGGCGGGGAACAGAGAAGUACCGGAAAACUGUGCAAGCACACACGCACGUGGAGCGGGGACAGGAUUGAACGGAAGAAGCUAGAACACUUGCUCGGCAAGGAAGGCUACAAAAACCGUGGCCUAGUGGGUGCGGAAACGACAGAACUGCAAUCUGAUGUAGCUGCAAAUGGAUUUCACCUGGACAAGAAGAAAAAACUGUCGGACGCUAUGGUUUUCAGGCUCUACGAGGCAUGUAGAAGGCACGAUCGAUCGGUCGAUAUCGACAUGGGCUUGCGCGAUUCGCUUGGUGGCUUUCUGCCGAAUACUAGCCCAGCUCCAACGUCCGCAGAUGAUGACGACCAUGCUGGCGCAGCGGGAGUCAUUCCGGACGCGCCUGAUGGACAAGUGGGUCGCGGACUGCCUCACGACCCUUUGACGCCUGAUGUAGCGCCGUAUAGAUGCUUAGAUCCUGCCACAGAAGAGCGCAUAGACGCUCUCUUCAGCGGUCGCGAGAUAGAGAUCGACGAAAGCAGUGAAAGCAUCGUGAAAAAGCUAGGACUGUCUGGUAGAUGGAAGAAGCUGAUGCGGGUAACUGAACACGGAAAGUAUCGGUCCGAGUACAUCCAAGAGGGUGGGCGGCUGCACUUGUUCGAAGUAUUGCCGAGAGCGGAGCUGGUACACACGCCGGGAGCGAAGUUAUGUGUUAUACUUGUUCUGGAAUAGUUACUUCUGGAAGUUUUUUUAGUACUUCUUGUUGAAUGUUGAUGAACAAGUUGAUUUGAAGAUCUUAGUUGUUCUUGUUGAUGAACAACAACAAGUUGAUUUGAUUUUCUUGGAGUAGUUUUUUCCCUUCAUUCACGAAAUGCACAUGAGAUCGAAAAAAAAGCUGAAAGAAUGUUUCGAAUUGGUUUUUGGAGCUUUUCUUCUACGAUCUCUAACAGCCCACGACCUAACCCGUUGGCACAUUGCACCACUCGCACAUCCAGUUCCGGCAUUCGACGCUUCCGGAAGCGACCACAAGAUGAUGUUUCCAUCGCCACCACUGACACUUGAAUUACCCGAGAUGGGCGCUGACGUGUCGAAUCCCGCUGUAGGCAUGUUGAACGAUGUCGCAGCGACUGGAGCAAACAAGAGCUCGGAUGGAGCGGGAGGACUAGGCGCCAAGUUUCUACCCAGAAGUAGUGACCCAGAGUUGCAUGUGGGCGAGUCAAUUCUUGGCGGCAAACACAACGAUCCGGUGGCGUAUGAUUAUGGAAACGAUUUUUCAAGCUCAGUUGGUAAGAGUAUCCUCUACUGCGUCGUUGACGUUGACCUUGUAUCUGCUUCUCUUGCGUAGCUUUGGAGUUGGAGGACUCCUUCAUUUAGAUUUAUUGCCUAGCAAAAUCAUUUUCGUUCUUUAUUUCAUCCUCUUCUAAUCCCCAGCAGCCAAUGCAGGAUCUCACGCCGACGAAGCCGAACUGGGCCCUGAGGCCGUCCUAGAACGUGUCCGCAUCGACUUUGGCAAACAUCUGGAGUUGAAAACUUCCGAAGACGUUUGGGCAGAGGACGAUCGUGUAGGAAAACUGCGGCGCCUAGAAUCUAAUGGCCGUUCUGUGGAGGAAACCGAGGAACUAAAACUGCUUUUGGCGAAGAGGUUCCGCGAAGGUCAAUGGGUGUUGAAAAAUCGCGACAACGUUGCCAUUCUAGCAGAGGAAUAUGGAGGUCAUGCCAGACAUCCAGGAGAAGUCGAGCGCUGGUUCUUGUUCAACCCUUAUCGGAAGGUUUUAACGAAUGAGCGGGCGGCUGUGAAAUUUAAGCCGAACUUGCAGCGGAUAACGUCAAGCGGAACUGCGCCUCCAGAUUCGUAUUUGCACAAAGAUGACGAUGCGGAGGGAAAACCAGAGAGUUUGGGCGGCAGUGGAGAACAUGCCAUUUUACCAGGUGGAUCUGAGUCGACGAUUGAUACGGGGAAAACGUUUUUCGAGAUGGACCGAUUCUACAACUCUCCAGACGAUUUGGUCGGGUUUUCUACCGAUCGCAAGACCUUGAGUCCUCAACAACUGGAGCGUUUUGAUUCGCGUGUGAACACUAUCGAUCCGGGAAGGAUUGAAGAUUCCGUCACGCAUUUGCAGCCCAUCUACCGACCAGGCGAGCCGUUUUGGCACCAAACGAGGACACCGUGUCAGACAAGCAGCGAGUUCACCAACGGUGCAAAAUGCAUUGGCGGUGUGCGAGCGGCGCUCAGGCUGAUGCGCGAACAAGUCGCCAAGUGCAUUGACGGCGAUCCGCCGUGUGUAAAGACGUUUACGGACGUUGCGAGUGUUAGGGAUCAAGGUGUGGAGGAUUGCGAGGAAUUUACUGGCGAACAUGAAGCGAUACAAACAGCAGAAGAAGAGCUAUGGAAUGGACCGGCAGGAGGGACAGUUGGCAAAAAGAGGAAAUUAGCGGAGUGUCAAGGUAGUAAUCACCACUACUAUUGCGUUUGCGUCGUGUUGAAUUCUGAUGAUGUCCAUCACAUGUUGAAUUCUGAUGAUGUCCAUCAUAUGUUGAAUUUUGAUGAUGUCCAUCAUACAUUAAUAUCUCCAUUUCGAUCUCCAUUUUGAAAUUAGUACUAGGACCUACUUUGUGUUUCAAAUUUCAAGCCUACUUUCUCGAUUUCAUCUUUGAAUGUUUCCGGUAUUUUUGGUAUAGCCUGAAUUUGAUCCUAAGGGAAAACAAGAAGAGAACCCUUAGGAUCAAAUUCAGGUUAUCAAAUACCAGAACCAUUCAAUCUUUCAUCUACAUCUUUUUUAACAGUGCUCCAUCACGACAUCCGCACUUGUCGCCGGACGCAAGGAUGCAAAGUUGGCCGUGACAAAUCGACUGCGGUCUACAACGCGAAAGGAAGACUCGUAAAGGAGGGCGAGUUUCAUUGUACGAUCGAUGACAGACUGUUUGGACCUGAGUAUCCGGUGUCUGAGGACUCCAACGAUAUGGCUAGCGGCGCAGCCUUCAUGCCAGUAGCGCAUGCGGGGUUUGAUUUCUUAUUUCCGUCAACAUCCAGUGGUAGUGCUGGAAGUGCUAGUGCUUUUUCGGGUUUGAGUGGAGGUGCAUCACACGCUGAUGUGGCUCUGGUGUGCUUGCUAAAGGAAAGGAGAAGAAGGGGAAGUAGAAGAAAGAAGCGCAAGCACAGUGGUUUGAGUGGAGGUGUUUUUUCGGAUUUUCAACUUGGACGAAGCGCGUGA